GUUUUAUUCGAAACAAUAAAAGGUAUUAAAUUACUAUUUAUGACAGACACACGCGGAGUGACAUUCAUUGGAUUGAUAUAUGUAUUGAAUUUACUGUUUGAUCGACUACUUUCGGUAUGAGUUACAACUGAACCAGGAACACAUGGGAAUCUAGUGAUAUUAACGUGUAAUAAAAUGGUCCCAUUUAAAAUGGAAUUAUUUACAGUGUAUAUUGUACUCGGAAUCGUUUUCAAACAAGUGGCUGCUCAAGCGUUAACAACGAAGUGUCCGAACAAUGAAUGGACAAAAAUUAAAGAGCGGUGCUACCUUCCAGUUCAGUUCUCUCAUAGCUGGUUGAGGAGCUAUAAUUUUUGUCAAAAGUUUGGUGCGAGACUAGUGGAACCAGCAGGCUACAGUUUGACAUCAGAGAUACACCAACUUGUAAAAAACAAAUUUCAAGGCCAAUCUGCUUUCUGGACAGGCUACAACAGGAUAAACAGCAGUUCAGCGGCCGAUCACGAAGGAUAUUGGAGCAAUGGACAGAAGACGACUCAGGAGGUCGGAGUCUGGGGUCAAGAUGAACCCAAGGUUUCCAAUGGCAACUGUGCCCGAGUCUCCCUGGCAACCGCACGGUGGCACAUGACCAAAUGUGACAGCAUCAUACCAUUUGUGUGUGAGAUUGACCCUUGCCCGGCAGGAACCCGUGACACAUUCAUGUGCAAUGGUCGCUGCCUGGGUACUAGCCUCGUGUGUGAUGGCAAAGAUGACUGCGGGAACAAUGCUGAUGAGGAGAAUUGCCCUUCACAAUCAACGUAUGCAGUCAGAGGUGGAAGUGGAGAUUUGAGUCAAGUCAACUACACUGACAAUGCAAACAUGAUGUGGGUCAUAACAUCAGAGUCUGGAACCAGGAUUAAUGUUCAGUUCCUCUCCUUUAACACGGAAGCAGACACAGAUUUCCUAGAAUUCUGGGACGGGGGCCCCACUCUAAGCACCAGCCGUCUUGCGACUCGUGUCUCAGGAAUCCCGGACACCCAGACUCUUGGGUUCAUCAGCAGUUACAACUUCCUCAUCGUCAAGUUUGUCACUGAUCAGACCACGAGAAAAUCCGGCUUCAGCUUGAAGUGGACAACAAAUUAUACAUGUUCCUACAGUACGGCUACUGGAUCCUACUACUCCAAUACUGGUAUUGAGUACAGUACCUUAAAUCUGACAUCCUUGCAGAAUGCCACCAGAUGCAAGGAUAUAUGUAACACUGCAGCCACAUGCCUGGGAUUUGCUUAUCGGGCCAGUUCCAAUCCCAAAGUGUGCCACUUGAUCAAUCUGCAACCAAUCCUGACAUCUGCCCUGGAGUACACAGUGUUCAUGAAAACAUGUCCACCUGGCUCUACUAGCUCCAUGCCGAUGCUCAACUCCGUCUUGACUGCCACAUCGUCACCAAAGCAACUGACCACUCCACUCUACCCAAACCCAUAUGUGGGGAAUUUGGAGCUGGAGUACAUGAUUCGUACUGAUGGAAAUAAUCUCAUCACAUUGCAGAUCCUACAAGUGAACCUUUGCUGCAAUGACUACAUCCAUGUGUAUGACAAGGGUCAUGACCUUCUGGCGACCUUGGAGUCAAACUCGAGUCCUGGCUUCAUCCUCUCCACUAGCAAUGUGGUGUAUGUGAGGAUGGACCUGCACACACACUGGAAGUGCUCUGGUGCACUCAUACAGUAUACAAAAGGCUGCAAUGUCAGCCAGACUGGCAGUGGAGAGUUAUCCUCCCCUGGUUACAGUACACCCAAGAGUUAUCCACCCCUGUCAUCGUGCCAGUGGAGAAUCAACGCCCCGUCCGCUGACCGCAGUGUCACAGUGAUCUUCAAUGAUUUCCAGCUCCAUACCUCUGACAAGCUAAUGGUGACAUAUUCCAAUGGCAGCCAUUUUGAGUACACUGGUACCAGUCUGCGUGGUAGAUCUUUGACCUCUAACUCUCAUCUUCUGGUCACCAUGACUACAAGUUCCCUAUACACUGAUGUCGGUUUUAAAGCUACAUUUUCACCAGGCUGCCCCAGUCUUGUGUCUAAUGCCUACACACUGGACAUGAUGACAUCCAACUACGGAGACACCGUGCUUGUUUCCUGUGCGGACGGAUACACCUUCACGGGAAAGUUUGCUGGUUUACCUUCUGUGAACUUGACUUGCCUGUCUGGAGGUCAUUGGAGCGAGCCCUCCCUGCCUGUCUGUCAACAGGGGUUCUGUGGGUUUCCACCACUUAUCUCCAAUGGCUACAUUGUGUCUUCAACUGGAAUUUAUGGAGGGGACAAAACCACUUACAAAUGCAAGAAUGGUUACCUCAUGAAUGGGGCUGCUGUUAUCACCUGUCAGGAAAACAACGUUUGGCAGACUCAGCCGCAAUGUACAGCUGCGAGAUGCCCUGAUUUGAAUGCCACUGCUAUUGGCGUGGAUAGUAUUGACACAACUACAAGUACCGGUAUGCGAGGUACCCAGGGGAGUGUGGUGAGAGUCUCAUGUAGUGCUUACCGCGAGGUCCUUGGCCCACAACUCCUGCAGUGCAACAACGGCAGCUGGGACUACACCACACAAGCCCCAGUGUGUACUGACUUGAGAUGCGAGACACCAGUGAUCGCCAAUGCCUACCUGGCUCCCACUGGGAUCCUGAUAAAGGACCAGAUCAUCAAUGUCACGUGUAAGGAGGGGUACAAGCUUGUGGGCAACAGCACCUUUCGUUGCGGGGUGACCAACGUUCUGCCAAUGUGUGCACAACAAGAGUGUACACUGCCCAGCUCAGCAGUUGUCUCCCUUACUAGCCCCAGUAGGACGGUAUACCAGUUUGGCGAUAAUGUGAGGGUGGCCUGCUCAGAUGGUUACGUACUUGAUAACUUCCACACCACCAACAUGAGUAUCUCGUGUCUUAGUACUGGACAGUGGAAUAUUGUGCCCAUGUGCAGAAGGAUGGACUGCCGUCUACCACCUCAAGUGAAGGGAAGCAUAUAUAACCCUGCUCCCCCCUGUGUGCAGCAUAAUUGUGCCUUCGAGUUUUCUUGCAGUCCCAUGUAUGAGCUACAGGGGGAAAGUUACGAUAAGAAUAACACUGUGCGCUGUGGUGCAGAAACGUUUGGAGUUUGGGGCUUUGGAAAGCUGCACUGUUUAGGUGGUCAGUGUCCAGACCCGGGCUACCCUGCUGAUGGUCAUCUUGUGGGCGACAGUUUCCUGGAAGGGGCAAGAGUGACCUUCGCCUGUGACAAACCUGGGUACGAACCCUGGGAGACCGUGGGAGGGGUACAGCAGCCCUCAUCGGGGAUGACUUGUGUGUAUAGAUCAGAUAAUAAAAGCAUGGUCUGGAAGGGAGUUGUGCCAACAUGUAUUGACAGAGAACCACCCAAAAUUUACAACUGUGGUGACAAUGGUGGACUUGAAAUUUCAACAGAAAAUCUGGAACCAACCACUUAUUUAGGAAGACCCAAUCCUCCGUUUGCGUUAGACAACAAUGCAGUUAAGACUUGGACAGUGUCAGAAACAAAUUUCCGUUUUUCUCAACCGGUCAGCAAGGCUGGUGUUGUGACCUACACAGCUGUUGACUUUGCAGGCAACGCGACGUACUGCCUACUAAGAGUGACCAUUCCAAAGUCCAUUGAGUGCCAGAAUGAUAAAAUUUCGGAACUGCCAGCUGUGACAGGCACAAUUCAGCUUUCUGGUGAUGACCCCAGUUAUUUUCAGAGGAAGGUUUUUGGUGGUUUAAAUGUUACAUUUAAGCCACAAUCUGUUUCUUUUGAUGCUGUUAGCAGUUCUUUAUACACAGCUCAGGAAAUUAUGGUGACUUCUAGAAGUUCCUCUGGAAACUUGCUGGAUACCUGCACACUUCAGUUUCGCGUCAAAGCACCUAGUUGUGCCCAGUGGCAGUUAAAGGUACCAAAUGGUAACUUUAGUUGCUCAAGUAUCACUGGCGGCAUUGAAUGCCAGGUCUUUUGCAAUGCUGGAUUUUACUUCAUGGAAGCCUAUGCGACCAGCAUCAUCAGCAUAAACUGCACCUCCAACACAGGCCUAUGGAAUCGGGACCCACCAGUGUGUGCAUCUUCUACUGAACAGCAUUUGAUCUAUGUGGCGAUGUUCAGCUAUAAGUAUAUGGUUGCCAGUGGUGUCACAGAUGCUAAAAGCUGCACAGAUGCAUAUUCAAGGAAUGUUCGUCAACAGUUGGAGAUUUUUGCAAACAACAUGGAGUCUGUCUGUAACACAAACCUGCCAUACCCUGGCAACGAGUUAACACUUUCCUUGAGGAAGCUUAUACCAGACUUUAACUUGGGCACAAUUAGAUUGAGCAUUAAUUUUGAAUUCCUUAUGGUGGCAAUAAAUGAGUCAUUGAAUAAUACCCAAGCUGUCAAAUCACAAUGUGCUCAGCAUAUUCAAACUGUGCUGAACUCCCAAGAGAGGAUGCAGGGUCAGCCGAUUGCUAACUUGUCAGCCAUUCAAGGAUCGGAUUUCACAUGUGGUGCAGGGACAUUCGACCUGUCAACCAAUAGUGUUGUGGAUAACUUUGCAUGUGAAGGGAACAGACAAUAUGGAAGAACUUCAGACAGUAAAAAUGUGUGCUUGGAGUGCCCCCUCGGCUAUUACUAUGAGCAUACUAGCGGUACAGCCACUGCAACCCAUCGAUGUCUUAUGUGCCCUUCCGGUACUUAUGGUAUCACAACAGCCAAUGGGACCGAAUGUGCCGCCUGCCCGGAUGGUUUGAACCCCAGUCUCAGAGGCCAGACUGAAAUCUCUUCCUGCUAUCUCAAAGGUCAAUGUGGCCGCGGUGAGUUUUCCAAGGACGGUCUAGCGCCAUGCAAGAAGUGCCCCAAGGGCUACUUCAGUGCUGGAAUACUUGCUCGAACCUGCCACCAGUGUGACUCCAACCAGGUCACCCUGCAGGUUGGAUCCUACUCCAGCACUGAUUGUCUUACACUGAGCAAGGUUGAGGAAUUGACGAAUGAGACAUUGAAAAAUGAAUCACCAUGCCAUCCCAAUCCUUGCCUAAACAAUGGUUCCUGCUCCUAUGUGCGUAGUGACUACUUCUGCUCGUGCAAGCCAGGCUAUACUGGGGACACUUGCCAAUCAGAGUUCAAUGCCUGUACAAGCAAUCCGUGUAAAAAUGGAGGCAGGUGUGUGGUGGACCUUGCAGAUCCAACGAAAUACCUGUGUACCUGUGAACCUGAAUUUUCUGGUGCCAACUGUGAGGCGGAUCUCUAUGGCUGUGCCCCCUACAACUGCAGAAAUAAUGGCACCUGUCACAACUCCCGCAACAACCAUGUGUGCAUAUGUCCCUCCAACUCAGGAUAUACAGGCUAUGGUCGUCUUUAUGGGACUUGUGAGAAUUUGCGAGACCCAUGUCUAGAUGCCCCGUGUGUGAAUGGAUUCUGCAAACAGCAUCACACGUUCUACAGGUCAUGUGUAUGCCAUACAGGAUACACCGGCCUUAACUGCGAAAGUGACAUCAAUGAUUGCCUGCAAAACCCAUGUCAGAAUAAUGCCACGUGCGUAGACCUGGUGAAUGGUCUGGCUUGUGUUUGUUUGGAUGGGUAUUAUGGGGACUACUGUCAGUUUCGCAAAGCUUGCGAUGUUAGUUGUACCUCUAUUGGCCAGCUGAACUGUCAAACGUGUGUAAUGAACAACACACAGCAGUGUACAAAUGUGGGCAACAGCUUCACAUGUGGGUGCAAGCCUGGCUUCAAGGGAACGUCUUGUGAGAUCGCUAUAAACGAUUGUAACUCGUUUCCAUGCCAACACGGGGGCACCUGCCAGUCCAGUUUGGCCACUGGCUACAUCUGCACAUGCCCUGACCCUUGGACUGGCUUGAACUGUGAGUCUAUGGUCAACAAGUGUCCCAGCGGCACCACUUGCUUCAACGGAGGGACUUGUUUCAGUACAACCACUGGAUAUGUGUGCAGCUGCCCGAGCGCGUUCAUUGGAGCCUCCUGCAAUGUGUCAUAUGAUCUCUGUGAGAGAACAGAGGCUUGUGUUGGAAAUAACAGUACUUGCUCCAUCGAGGCUAAUGGCAACUUUAAGUGCAACUGUCAGGAUGGCAGGGCAGGAACCAACUGCCAAGAGACGGUAACCAGUUGCACAGCAGACACUUGCCACAAUGGGGCCACAUGUUCCAUCAGUUCUACUGGACAAGUUGUGUGUAAAUGUGUUCUAGGUUUUUCGGGCGCAUAUUGCGACAAAAACGAUGACAACUGUGUACCAAACCCGUGCGGCUCUAAUCAGCAGUGUGUAGACGGAGUGAACUCCCAUACUUGCGUGUGUAAAGCUGGGUACCGAGGAGACUUUUGCUCUAAAACUACCAGUGAUUUUGACUACGUGAUUCAGCCAUCAGUCAUGUGCCGUGAUGAUGUCUCCAUUGCUAGCUAUGGGGACGGUAACACCCUGAUUAACUCUCUCACUGUGGCAUUCUGGGUGAGAUUCACCGUGAACAACCCUCAGGCUGUCAUCCUUAAUGUGUUUGGAUCCGACAUUGAGGCAACCAGUAUUCCAGAAUCUCCAACAUUUCAACUGCAGAUUGCAGCCACAUAUGUGCAGAAAAAUACACCAGGCAGUGGUAGAAGGAAGAGAGCUGUAGAGACCAUUUUUUACAAAACACCAAUUGUGGAUGGCUACUGGCACCACAUUAUGGUCGGCUGGAACAGGCAGAAUCAAGAGCUCAGUGUGUAUGUGGACAGCAAUAUACAGGAGCAGAUGUUUAUCAGCCUUACCAAUAGUUCAGGAAAUAUGAAGAUGGGAUUUGUUGUGUUUGGUGACUUUGACCCAGUGACUGGUACCAGUCGACCACAGACGAGCUUUGAGGGGCGUAUAUCACGACUUGUUGUCAGCAACGAUGCAUCCGUUAAUGUCCAGAACUUGUAUAAAAGGACUGCCGCACCCACCAACAUCCUUCGGCAAGAACGUAGCCUGAUGUUGAUGUACCCAGUAGAUUAUAACAGUGAACUGAGGCUCAAUUUUGAGAGGUGCCUUCCUGGGGACAAUGCCUGCCAUACUUUUGCCAAAGGUGUACGGCUGCCAACGGUGACUAGUUGCCCUGACGACAUAUUGACAAUCACCAGCCAAUUGGAGGCUCCCACAUGGGCAACACCCACAUUCAACGGCAGCGAAAUAUCACCACCUCUCUCGAAUGUUCAAGCUGACACCCAGCUUGACUGGGGCGUGCAUGGUAUUGUGUAUGCAGCCUUUGACACUCUCAGUAAUGCUGCAGUGUGUACUUUCAGGCUGUACAACAGAGGAUCUACAUGCAACAGCACCACCACCCCCAGUCUGCCAAACAACUGUGACCAGUCGGUUCCAAACAUAAUACGAUGUCCCAACCACUGUGUGCCAGACUUGUAUCUUGCUGGUGUCAACACGCUCUAUCGGUCCUGCAGCAUGUAUGGAAUGUGGGACGAGGCUUUCAAAUACACCAAGUACAUCUACCCCACAUGUACAGGUUCAAGCGCACUAACACAAAAGGUGACACUGUCGCUAUUGGCAACCCCCAGUGUCCCAUGCAGCCCCACUGUGUUGGCUGGUUACCGGUCCGCUGCUCUAAAUGCAUUGAGCGGGAGCCUGAACCGAGCUAACCAGCUAUGUGGAGGUGCCUGCAUCCUGGCAUUCAACAAUGCAAUCACGUGUGAUGGGACGAAUCAAGUGACGAUUGAGAUGGAUUUUGGAUACUUAAAAUCACAAAUGAGCUUCAACAACAGUGCCUAUUCACCAGAAGACAUCCUGCGUAUCGCUGUGGGUGACCUCAAAGCAUUUACAUAUAUUGACCCAAAUAACAAUUCUACAACUGUGACCCCUGACCUGACAACCUUCUCUGUAUCAGCUGUGGAGGAAUGUGGGUCUGGGUUGAUGGUAGCCUCUGGCCAAUGUGUGGGCUGCGGGCCAGGCACUGAGUACAGCUCAGGCAUCAAGACGUGUGUCCGAUGCUCAGUGGGUCAGUACAAGGAGGGGUCACAGGGAGACUUGUGUGUACCCUGCCAGCCCGGCCUCACCACAGAGGGCACGGGGGCUUCCUCUGUCAACUACUGCGAAGAAAAGUGCAGGGUGGGUACAUACUUCAACACAUCCAACCUGGUCCGGACCUGUGUUGAGUGCCCAGUGGGGUUCUACCAGGACGAGGUGGGACAGUUCACAUGCAAACCAUGCACUAAACCCCUCACUACUGGGAUACUGGGGGCUGUUAGCUCCACCGACUGCAAACCGACAUCUGCAUUUACCACCACGCCAGCCCCUAACAUUGACCCCCCGGUUGCCGGCGAGUCUUCUGAAGGCACGAGUCUGGGGACUGGUGAGAUAGUUGCCAUAGUGAUAGGGGUGCUGCUGUUUGUGCUCAUCAUCAUCCUCAUUCUGUGCUUCUGCUGUCUACGGGAUAUCCUCCCUUGCUUCAAAAAGAAACCACUUAUCUCCCCUGCCAUUAAAGAUGGAUACCAUGCUCAAAAGUAUGGUCAGCCUGAGAUGCAGUUCAUUAACUACAAUCUGAAAGAGGCCAGAGAGAGGAAUGGCAAGUCAGUGGACAAGUUCCCCAUCAUGGAACCCCAGAUGUCUGACGAGACUGGGUCUGUGAGGACUGACAUCUCAGUGCACAUACCUCAGAAACAAAACGGCAGCUGGCGUGUUUUGAAAAAGUCUCAUUACUUAAAUGGUGGGGACAGUGUCACCUUGUCGUUGCCCAAUUCUGCGCGGGCCAACCCUGUCAUGACCUCGUCACCGCGGGCAUCAGAGCACCUGGAGGAUGAGGAGAACAUGUACAAUCAACCAAAGAAGUCGAGAAAGAAGCGCAAGUCCAAAUCUGGUGAGCGCAGGUCCCGUCGCCAUAGAGGUGAGAAAGAUGAAAUGGAGACGACUGAGAUGAGAAUUUCCAUGCCCAAAGCCCUGGCCCCAUUGCCACAGAAACUAAAGUCUACCCCGCCUAGCAACACUGUACUGAGGCCGUCUUCUGCACUUGAGCAAAGCAGAACCCAGAUUGGACCAGAACAGUAUUCUGCUUUCUUGCGUCAGUCCCCUGAAAAGCAAGAACGUGAGCCAUGGUCAUCGCACAGGUCAAAAGAUGGUGACAGGUCAAGGUCACAUGACGAGCCAGAGAAGAGGUCAUCUCGCCACUCUCAAAGGUCACGUGACGAAGGUAGGUCAAGAUCAUAUGAUGAUGUCCUUGAAGAACAGUAUGAGGAGAAAACCUCCCCAAAGAGGUCCAAAAAAAAGUCAAGGAGGCAAAGGGAAGAGGAAGAGCCAAGAUUAAGUUCCUCAAGAGAUUACAAGGGAGACACACAGGAAAUGCGCAUGUCAACAGAAGGAGACAGGUCAAGGUCACAUGAUGAACAAGAGAAGAGGUCAUUCCGCGACUCUCAAAGGUCACGUGACCAAAGAAGGUCAAAAUCAUACGAUGAUGACGAUGAACAGUUUGAAGAGAAAGGGACGUCCAAGAAGUCCAAGAAUCAAAGGGAGGAGGAGCCAAGAUUGAGCUACUCAGGAAAUUAUUUUGGUGAACCUGAAGUGCAGGCUCCCUUCAACAUCAGGAGGAUCCAAGUGGAGUCAGACGAUGAUUUAGCAUAAGAAUUGUUCUGCUUUAGGUUGUCUGAAGUGUAGUUGCCAUAUCAGUUUGCAUUUUUUACCAUGUGCAUAGAUUUACUUUUGAGUAAAGUGUCGAAAAAAUACAUUGUUUAUGCCCUUAGUAUUUUAAAGUGGGAGGCAUAUUUUGAUUGUCUUGUCAAGCCGUCCUUUAGUGACAGGUUAAGUAGAUUUCAUCCAAUAACAGUAACUUGCUACACAAUUAUCACCUAAUCUCUUAUGUUUUACCCUGACCCAUUUGGGCUUGGAAUAAUUGAAAUGGGCUAUUUCUUAGUUAACUAAAUAUUUGUGUUUUGUCAUGCACUAUAAUUUAUUUGUAACAAUCAGAUUUUUUUUGUUUCUUUAUUUUUUUUAAUAUAAUAUUACCGGUAUAUAGUUUUGGGUAAAAUGGAUUUUAUUUAUAAGUGUUUGUUUGUCUGUAUGUCUCAUUCUUUUAGACAAUGUUAACUCUUUGUUUUGUUAUGUUUUGAUUUACAACUAACAGUACUUGUUAAGUUUAGUUCUUUUUUUUGUGUUAGUAGGUACUUAUUUUAUAAUUGUUAUUUGUACUUUUGUGAUAUACCUUAUAUGUGAUAUUUGGUCAUAUUUGUUACCAUAUCUGCACGAGGGACUUACAACUGAAGUCUAGAAUAAGCAAAGCAUGUAUAACAUUUUUGGCUUUCUGUGGAGUAGUCCACUAUUACAAUAAACAUUGGUUAUAUGGUGAUUUGUGUUAUUAAUGAUAUUCUAGCAAUAUGUACUAAUUAAAUUACACAAGAUGCACCUGCGGAGAGGCAGAAAUAUGGUUUAAAAAGGCUUUUCUGAAUAAGCUUUGUUUGAUAUGCACCUCAGAAUCAGGUGAAUACCAUGGCAUUCAAUAUGGGAAUACAUAUAAACAUAAUGACUUGUACGUAAAACGAUUACAGUAAAACAGUAUUUUAUUUUAUAAUUUGUGGAAUCAACUGUCUCAUCAAACAGUUCAAGAACCAAAUUGGUAUUAAAUACUGUUCAAACUGAAUAAUAGCAGUGAGUAAUUAAGCUCUUGUUUGGCAAUAGGAAUGAAUUUCUUUGCAUGCAAUUGAUCUUUUGUAGAAAACUAUUCAGGUGUUAAACGCCAUUAAGUCCUAUAAUCUUGUGGGUUCACAUAAUUUUUAGGUGGGGAUGGAAAAUAUUCUUUUUUAGAAAAAAGUUGUGGUAUGUUUUGGUAUUAAUUGUUUUCAUUUUGAAUUUAUAUCAUAACCCAUGUAAUAGAAUGUAUUGCAUUUCAUCUGAUACACAUAGACAAUUUUUUCCUAAAAAAAUAAAUAUUAAUUUUGCCAUUGAAACACACUAGGUCAGUGAAAGAAAGGUAAAAUUAUGGCUCUCACAGCAGCGUAUUAAUAUUGGAACACUUAUGCUGACCUUGACCUAUUUGGAUAUGUUCUAAACUCUAUAACUACAAAUAAAACCAUCAUGGCUCGAAUAUCCACAAACUUUUCGUAUACAGAUUAUUGAAUGAGUGCAUAUAGAGUUUGUAGUAAAAUUUAUUUUGAAAAUGUAUAAAAUUCUUUGAUGUGUAAACAAAUUUUCAAUGGAAUUUUUUUCAUGAAACAAGUUUUAUUUUAUGCUUUUAUGUAAAUAAACAAUUAUUACCUUUUAACGUUGUUAAGAUUUGAGCACUGGGUUCAGUCUUAAAUAUCUGCUUUAUAUGUACCCUGUAUAUUGUUUUGAUAUUAAUUGGUUUGAUAAUUGCUGAAAGUUAUGUAUUUUAUUUUAUAGAUGUACUUAUGUCUUAGAUUCGUAAUUAAAUAUAAAAUGAC